CCUUGCGUUGUAUGAUUGGUUGACCGCCGAACAUACCACUUUUUUAUUGGUAGAGUGGAGGUCAGUAUAUCGACCUAACAAAAUAUUGGGCAUGGCAGUCAAUGAAACAAGUUGCAAAUUGUUUUAAGAAAGGUUAUGAUUCUAGAAGAUAGGAAUUGCACCAGUAUGUUUAAUAACGACCGGCUGUUAUAACGUGUAGGUAGCUGAAUUAGAAAUAUUAUAAUUAACAGAGAAUUGUCGCAAAUACAAAAGCUAACGAGUUAGCUAGCUACAAACUGCAAGUCGUGCCUCAAGGAAGAGUAAGUUAUGUAACUAGGCUGCGAGCUAGCCAUAUAUCAAUGUGUAAAUUGAAGCAACCCAUACAUUGACCUAGCUACGUAUUUAUUUUAUAAAUUAAAUUGUAGCGACUGUAAGUGUGCUUGCUUAUUGGCAACUACUGUAAGUUUUGGAAGCUUCACGUAUAAGUAAGAUACAGUAACAGCAGGUAAGAUAGUUAGCUUGCUGCAUAUUACCCUUACCUACGUGAAUUUUGGAUAAUCAGGUACAAACAACAAUGAUAACGUUACAACGGAUCAGAAUAGUGGCGUGUAGUCGGUGGUUGUGUACGUCUCACUGUAAACCGGUGGGACCUAAUAUAUCGGUUUCUGGAGAGUCGGGACAUGGUAGCUUAUCAUUCAGAAAUCUGAGCACCUCCACAGAGCGCCGCACAAUCAUGCCUGCCUGGGUUAUCGAUGGGUACGGUGGCAACGAAGUACUUAGAUUCACAAAAAAUGCAAGUUUCCCCAUCAUCCACUACCCGAACGAGGUCAUAGUCAAAGUCCAUGCUGCAGGUCUCAACCCCAUUGACAUCAGCAUGAGAGGUGGCUAUGGAGCCGCUACACUGGCAAUGAGGCGUGACCCCCUGAACCUCAAUCAGUCCGGAAGAGAGUUCCCAUUGGUCCUCGGCCGCGACGUGUCCGGGGUGAUCAUGGAGUGCGGGCUGGAUGUGGCUUAUUUCAAACCGGGAGAUGAGGUGUGGGCGGCUGUUCCUCCGUGGAAGCAGGGCGGCCUGGCGGAGUUUGUGGUGUUGAGCGCAAACGAGGUACGGCGUCUUCGCUGCGCGCUUCCCCUUUCACCGCCGGCGCGUCCCCGCUCUGGCUCCACGGCCUGGUCCGCCCUGGUCAACACUGGCGGCGUCUCCAAGGACAACUGCGCCAACAAACGCAUGCUGAUAAUUGGAGCCUCAGGUGGUGUGGGAACCUUUGCUAUCCAGAUGUUGAAAGCUUGGGGUGCCCAUGUGACCGUGACCUGCUCCCAGAAUGCCGAGGGGCUGGUGCGGGGGCUGGGGGCUGAUCAUGUGGUUGACUACACGGCGGGGGACGUGCCAGAGCAGCUGAAGUCUCUCGAAAAGUUUGAUUUGAUCCUGGAUAAUGUGGGCGGGGUCACGGAAAACUGGGCCCUGGACUUCUUGAAGCCCUGGGCUGGAGCCAAGUACGUUACCUUGGUAACCCCCUUCCUGUUUAACACGGACCGUCUGGGCGUGGCUGACGGGAUGAUGCAGAAUGGGGUGACCAUCGCCAGAAAGACACUGAAGCACCUCUGUAAAGGGGUACACUACCGCUGGGGGUUCUUCGCUCCGAGUGGACCAACUCUGGAUGACAUCAGCGAAAUGGUUGACGCAGGACAGGUGCGCCCCGUCCUGGAGGAGCAGUUCCCCUUCUCCCAGGUACCCCAGGCCUUCCUGAAGCUGGAGAAGGGCCACGCCCGCGGGAAGACCGUGGUGAACGUCGUCACGGGCAGCGGGGACGCUCAGUAACCAUGGCAACAACUAAGGAACGGAGGGGGUUUCCUGAUGAACCAUUAAGGACCCCCCCCCCCUCCGUAAAGAGAUUGGAGAUGUGUUAAAUAAAACAGAUGUACAGACCCCAGA